AUGAAGCUCAAAACGUCGCCCCAAGGCCUCGAAAGCAAGGCCGUCGAUGGUCAUGCACCGCAUCCAGAGCUCAUCUCCAAUUGCCGCCGUGCACUUCGGCUUCCUUCAAACAAAUUUCAGACCUACCCAGUAGACAUUCAGUGAGUGUUGUACAAGCGCACAUCCUUCUGCUGUCUGACUAUGCGCCCUCGCUGGUGAUGAAUGAUUCUCCUUGCAGCGCUUGCCUUGCCAAGCAUCUGGAUGCCGAGAGUUUGCUGGCCAUCAGCCUAACCUGCCGCGCUCUGGCCACAUUAUACGCCUUGCCGCUAUCUCGAUGCCUCGCUCUGAACUCGGCAGACGAGUUGCUCAACUUUGUUCUGCAUCAUCAGCGUAAGAGAGAUCAGCUGUGUGCUGGCGGACAUUCUCUUGUUUAUCGUCAAGAUGCUGCCAAAUGGACAAAUCCAGCGUACGAUCUGAAGCUCGAUGAUCCAGGUACGCUCUUGAACUCGCGGAGGAUCAUGGAGCUCCAUCAGCUCGUACGCGAGAGAGAGCACGCCCCGGACUUCCCGGCCCACGAAAUAUCCUCUGGUCUACUGGGCGCAGUGCUGGAUCUGUGCCCAAAAUUGAAGUCCAUCCGCACCUAUCACACCACCUUGCCUCUCACUACUUCCUUAGCGCACGCGCUCCUGAGAACGACUCCUAACCUCACCACCCUGAUCUACAGGUCUAAAUGGUGCGACCCGAAUGCUCUCGCUCUGCUAUUGUCCCGUUCGCAAAUCAAGACCCUUGAUGUCUCAAGUGCUCACUUCUGCGCCUGCAAAGGCGACGAAGUCAGGCAUCUCGACGCCGAAGCCUUGGGGUGCUGGAUCGUCGACUCGAGGUCGUUGCAGCGCUUGGUCUUGACAUCGAGCUACGUGACAGGCUGGAAUCACGGAGCGCUGUGGCGCCACAUGGCUACGCAGAACUACUUGAAUGGGUCAUCAGGGGAUCGGAGAGCUCUUCCGCCCGUAUUGAAGAGUCUGGAGCUUCGCAGAACGCAAGUCAACGCUAGCGCUUUCGGUGCCUUUCUGUCAAGUCCCAACGCUGGAGCUUUGACUCACCUCUUCCUGGGUGGAGUCGCGCGUUUGAGCUCAAAGUCGCUGGAGGAGAGUCUCACUCCACGGUCAGGCGAGGCGCCUUGCGCUUUCGUUGCAUCAUGCGAGCUACUGGACCUCGAGAUCGACGCCCGACUUAUGAGCUCAGAGCUACUCAAGCUUCUCGGAAAGCGGAUCGGCUACUUGCGCGUCUUUGAGCCCAGUACCGUUCGAUGCAUGGAUCUGACAAAUGUGCUAGCCAAUGGCUUUCUCCCUAAGCUACACCGACUGGUCAUCUGUCCAAGAAGCCAACACGACGACGAAUCCCUUCGAACAAAGGCGACAAGAGGCACUGCUCCCCAUCAGCCCGUAAGCGCAAGGCACGCAGCGACGAUUGCCCUGACCGCCAUGUCUCUGGGCGUGAAGGACGCCACGGUAGGCGACGAUUUCUGGUGGGGCAUCGAAGAGCGAAAGAAUAGCAUGGCAGCCUAUCGGAAAAUGGAAGCGGAGGACCAGCGCAAGCAGGCAGCAGAGAGCGCCCGAAAGGCGCUGCAGCGAGCUCGAGAUGCGGAUGGCUGGGAAGCCGAUGAGGAGGUCAUGGUCUUUGGCAGCCUGCCUUGUGGAGUCGCACGGCAGCAGUGGGGCGAGGGCGGCCUCGAUCAUUGGAGAGACUAG